CAACAACUGCGACACCUCUGACGAUGACAAAAACCUCAUCAGUAGACCAAACUACAAAGCCUACUACAUCUUCGUCAACAACAGUGACACCUCUGACGACGACAGAAGUAACACUUCAAACCACGUUAGACAAAACUACAAAGCCUACUACAUCUUCGUCAACAACAGUGACACCUCUGACGACGACAGAAGUAACACUUCAAACCACGUUAGAUACACCUACGGUAUCUUUGGGAACAAGUUUGUCACCACUGACAACAACGGAAUUAGCAAGUCAAACUAUGUCAGGAACAACAACUGCGACACCUCUGACGAUGACAAAAACCUCAUCAGUAGACCAAACUACAAAGCCUACUACAUCUUCGUCAACAACAGUGACACCUCUGACGACGACAGAAGUAACACUUCAAACCACGUUAGAUACACCUACGGUAUCUUUGGGAACAAGUUUGUCACCACUGACAACAACGGAAUUAGCAAGUCACACUAUGUCAGGAACAACAACUGCGACACCUCUGACGAUGACAAAAACCUCAUCAGUAGACCAAACUACAAAGCCUACUACAUCUUCGUCAACAACAGUGACACCUCUGACGACGACAGAAGUAACACUUGAAACCACGUUAGGAACUGCGGAUGCCAAAAAGGCUAUAGAAGACUUAUCCUUAGACUUAACGAACAAACACUAUAAUGAUAACGACGCUCUUAGAAACAUUGAGAAUCUAGAACAAACCCUAGAAAAAACGGACGUGAAUGAAACUACAUACCUAUCAAGUGAUGUUGUCGACGUCCUCCUAUAUAAAAACACAGAUGACUUCAAAGGUCUUGAAAUUCAAGCAAAUAACACAGAGGCCAGGGUAAAUGCCUCUGUGUUGAACAUUAAAGUGAAGAUUCGCAUACCGACAGAGUUCAACCUUCAGAAGAAUGAUAAAGUUGUUUUCUCCAUGAUUACAUUGCCAAAUAAUACUUUCACAACAACUCAUUCACUGUAUGAGAAUCUGUUGGUUGGCCUGAGUGUGGCUGGCAAGAACAUUUCCGGCCUUCGAGAUCGAGUCAGCAUCAGCAUAUAUCUCACAACUAGGCUGAUGAAAUCCCAAACACUCAAAUGUGUGUUCCUAGAUACUACAAGCGAUUUAACAGACAUCAGCAGUAAUGGAUGUGAGACAUUGUGGGGCGAUAAUCAGCAGUGCAUCACUUGUUCCUGUGACCAUCUCACAUACUUUGCUGUACUCAUGGUGUCUGCAGACCUCUCACCUAAAGACGCUGAGAUCUUGUUCUACAUCACCUACAUUGGCUGUGGUAUCUCUCUGUUUGCUCUGGUCGUCACUGUUGUUCUCUUCAUCACAACCAGGAAACUCAGAGCAGACGAUUCCAAGAAGAUCCACAUCAGCCUGGCAGUCGCUCUGAUCCUCCUCAACGUUCACUUCCUUCCCAGCCAGGCGGCGGCAGCGUCGUCCUCCACCGCGCUUUGCCGUUAUGUGGCUCUUCUUCUUCACUACUCCCUGCUGGCCUCUUUCACCUGGAUGGCCUUGGAGGGCUUCCACCUCUACCUUGUCUUGGUCAAAGUCUUCAACAUCUAUAUGAGGCGAUACCUGCUGAAACUCAGCGUGGUGGGAUGGGGUCUUCCGGCGGUCAUCGUGACAAUAACGGUGAUCAUACGCAACGACAUCUACGGUCGUGGACCCCUGAACGUCUCUAAAACUAAUGAAACUAUAUGCUACAUAAAAGAUGACACAGCAAAGAUGGUGACCACACUGGGCCUGUUCAGCGUAGUGUUCCUCUUUAAUGUGAUCAUGUUUGGAUUGACAAUCAAAUGGUACAUGGGUGGUGAUGUAAACAAACAGCACGGACAGAGGCGGCAUCAUCAAGCCAAGCAGGAAAUUUGCACCCUGCUGACACUCACGGUCCUGCUGGGACUGGCCUGGUGCCUGAUCUUCUUCUCGUUUGGUCACCUCGAAACUCCCGGCCUCUACAGCUUCUGCAUACUGAACUCUUUGCAAGGUUUCUCCGUCUCCAUUUACUUUGUGUUGUCGUGGAAAAAGUCCAAAGAAGUUGAACUGGGAACUGGGAAGUCGAGUUCUGAAACAAAAAGCUCUAAAAUCUGAAUUUAAAGUGCUUGGAGGAUUUACACAUUCCUGCCAUUUUACGUCUCUUAGUUUUGUUGUUGUUUUUUGUUGUAAAUAUCUAUAUAUAUUUUUCAAAAAAUGGGUGCUAUGAAUAGUUCUAUGUCAUUUUAUUCAAAGUAAAACUCUGUAAUACUGUAGUUUUUUAAGCUUACUUUGAAAGAAUUCUCCAAGCUUUUGGUUUAAAUACUUGUGGUUUUUCCAUCCUUUUGAGUCUUUGAUAUCCCGUCAUUUUAGCGAGAAACGGUGCCGCUCUGGUCAACGUUCUCUCAGAGUUACACUUCACAUAACAUUAUGAUGUGCAUUCCAUUUCUUUGAUUUGGUUUUUCUUA